AUGCCCCCAGGAGUCCCCUUUCAGGGCGAUUACGAGUUUAUGACGGAGCUAGUGACGUUUGGGGCGGUGAGGCACAGCAACAUAGUGGAGCUGCUGGCGUACUCGCCACACCCCAGCAAAGCGCUCGUCUACGAGUACAUGCCAAAGGGGGACGUGCACGCCCUGCUCACCCGCUGCAAGAAGGGAGAGGCAACGUUCCCGUGGGCGGCGAGGCUGAAGGUGGCGCACGAGGUGGCACAGGCAGUUGCGUUCAUGCACUCGCUGCGCUACAUCCACCGCGACCUCAAGGCCAGCAACGUGCUGCUCGCUCAGGACUUCACGGCCAAGGUGGCGGAUUUUGGGUUGGCCAAGGGGAUAGCGGACUGGCGCUCACACGUCACAACGAGAGUCGUGGGCUCCUUUGGCUACAUGGACCCCAUGUAUUACCUCUCAGGCCACGUGCACGCCAAGAGUGACGUAUACGCGUUCGGAGUGUUCUUGGUAGAACUACUCACAGGCAAGUCAGUCCUACAGGACAGCAUUCACGAGGAUCUGAUCCCCACGCUGCUGCACCACGACCACCCCGACCUCGCGCUCCUCGUGGACCCCGCCAUCGCCCCCGAGUGCCGCCGCAAGGACGCCCUCGCCGUGGCCUACAUCGCCAAGUACGCGCUAAUCAAGGAGUGGGAUGCGAGGCCGAGCAUGCAGUCUGUGGCUCAGAAGAUCGGGAAUGUAGUCAAGUGGCAGAAGUCCCGCGCUGAGGCUGCUGCUGCGGCGGAGGAGGGGGGAGAGGGGAAAGGGGCGGCAGGGGGAGGGGCGGAAGGGGCUGGGGCAGCAGAGGGAGGGGCAGCAGGGGGAGGGGAGGCAGGCGGAGGGCAACAAGGGGAGGGGAGGCAGGCGGAGGGGCAACAGGGGGAGGGAAAGGAACUGAGGUAG